AUGACUGAAACCAAAGUUGGGGCGUCCGCCGCGUCACGCAGAGACCUUUUGGUCCAACAGCUCUUGGAAGAGCGUCGCCAUCGUUUGCAGCAAAAGCUAUUUGCGAAUGCCUCAGAGGAGCCAGUUCGGCCCAGCCCAGAGAGGUGUAGUCGGCUUGGUCGGCCUGAAAUUGACCGGACUCCGGUGUGUGUAACAGAGCAGAUUGAACAUGUCGAGCCUCAAGAUGAUGGUUUUUUGACCUCGGUUCUAGCACGGUUGAGGGCUGCUGAAAAAGCAGAGCAGCAUGACCAGCUCAGUUCGCAGCCAGAACAGGCUGCGCCAAGAGCGAUACAACCCUUUCCUGAGGCGGAGAUGCAAGUCCCCCGAGAGACGAAGCCCAAAGCAUGUUCUCAACCUCCAGGCAGGGUAGGUCAAAAGAAAAGAAAGCCAACCAAGGCCAGUCAAUCGAAGAGCCCAGCACCCAGGCGGCGGAGCUCAUCAGAGAGGUUUGAUCACAGGUUGCAGAAGUGGCAGCUGCAACAUCAAGCCUCCAGAGAGAAGCAAAUGCAGGCAAAGCAAGAAAAGGACAUAGAAGAACUCGAAGAAUGCACCUUCCAACCAUCGAUCAACAGCCGGUCAGAAUUCUACGCAAGGCGCUCUCGUGGUUGCCUCGCGGAAGCUUUGCCGGAGCGUUUGUACCAUGAGGCAGACAGGAGGGCAAAUCUGCGGAACAAGGCCAAAGAGAUCAUGGAAGCUGAUGCCUUGUGUUCCUGCACAUUUCAGCCAAAGAUCAACCGAAAGUCAACAGGUAGUGUUGGUCAACGUGCACCGCUACAUCUGCGAUUGGAUACUUUGAGCAAGCAGCGAGAAGAACGCGCUCGCUCUGCCCAUUUGGCUGAGGAGAAGCGUUCUGAGCACUUCUUUCAGCCUCGGAUCUCAUGCCGCAGCGAGCGGCUGGUGCAAAGAAAACGCGAUAUGUUGUACAAAAGUGCCUCCCACGGGCAAGUGGAGUGUUUAAGACAGCUUGGCCCUGUGGAAGAACGACUCUAUGCGGAGGCCAAAGAGAAGGAACAAAGGCUGGCCGCACUCCAAGAUGUUCAUGCUGAAGAGCUCCGCUCCUUUCCAAGUGUGGAUGACACUUCAAAGCAAAUUUGCAAAGCGUCAGUCUACUUCCAAGGUCCGCAGCAAGACUUCCUGACUCGACAGCAAACCUUCGAGCUAGCGAAGCAGAAGCGAAUGGACGUUCGUGCUCAGCAUUUGGAAACUGAGUGCUCCUUUCAGCCCAGAAUCACCGAAACAAGCCGUCAACUUGUUUGCAACAAUGUAGAGUUGCUGGGUGAGACUCCUGAAGAGCGAAUACAUCGCCUAGCAGUUCGAGAUGCUGAGAGGAGGGAGCAAACUCGACAAGAGCUAGAACAGCUGCAUCACAAAGACUACACCUUCAAGCCAGAGAUCAACCCAGUUUCUCAGGCACUGGCAGCAUCACGACUGGAGGACGGUGUGGCGGCAUCACCACAUGAACGUUUGUACCGCUCUGCACUCUCCAAGAGCCGCCACGACUCCGGCCACUCGGACGACUCAAGCUUCCGCCCACAGCUGGAUCGUCGGAGCUCCAGGCGUUUUGCACAUGUGAAGUCUCGUUAUGCAAGGCCAGAUCUCAUGGAAAGCAUCCGCCAGGAGCAGGAGAAGAAGGCUGAGUAUUUGUUAGAGAGGCGCCGUGAGCUCGAAGAAGAACGAAAUGCCGAUUGUACAUUUACCCCUUCCGUGACAGAAGGCUUUCAGGACAUUCAGAAGCCCGUGGCAGUGAGCGGCCUCGAUCGUUUCUUUGAGCUCAAGAACCUGGCGCUGAAGAAACAGCAAGAGCAGCAAGAACGAGAGCAGAGGGUUUUCCGACCCGAAACGAUUUCUGCACAGGGAGUGAAGGGAGUUACGGUUCCAGAGCCAUUCCAGCUGUCCAGAGAGGCAUGA